UAAGAGGGAAGCGUUGAAGGACGUUUGUGAGGAUCGGAGGGAAAGCGACGGAGUGAAAACAAGAGAAGCGAGAGAUGGGUGGUGGAGAGAGAAAGGUAGGAGAAGGAAGCAACGUGAAAGCAAACGCGAAGAGAAGAAGAAGGACAUGGCUGAAGAGGAAAGAGAAAUGGCUUGUAGUACUUGGCGUUGUUCUGCACGCCGUUUAUAUGCUCAGCAUUUUCGACAUCUACUUCAAGUCCCCCAUUGUUCAUGGCAUGGAUCUCGUUACCCCUCGUUUCAAAGCCCCUGCAAAACGCCUCGUUUUACUCGUCGCUGAUGGUCUGCGAGCUGACAAAUUCUUUGAGUCCGAUUCUGAAGGAAAGUUUAGAGCUCCAUUUUUAAGAAGCGUGAUCGAAGAGAAGGGUCGGUGGGGAGUUUCACAUGCUCGUCCCCCCACUGAGUCAAGGCCUGGACAUGUUUCUAUAAUUGCUGGGUUCUAUGAAGAUCCCAGUGCUGUUACGAAAGGCUGGAAAGCUAAUCCUGUUGAAUUUGAUUCGGUAUUUAACCGAAGCCGGCAUACUUUCUCUUAUGGUAGUCCUGACAUAGUUCCAAUCUUCUGUGCUGGCUUGCCUCACACCACCUGGAACAGUUACCCUCAUGACUUUGAAGACUUCGCUACUGAUGCUUCCUUUCUGGAUGAGUGGUCUUUUGAUCAAUUUAAGGGACUUCUGAAUAGGUCCAAAGAAGACCCGAAGUUGAAGGAGUUACUUUUACAGGAUAAUCUUGUCGUAUUUUUGCACCUACUUGGCUGUGAUUCAAAUGGUCAUGCGCAUAGGCCCUUUUCGUCCAUUUAUCUCAAUAAUGUUGCGGUUGUUGACAGUAUAGCUGAAAGGGUUUACAAUCUUCUUGAGGAUUAUUACAGGGACAAUCGUACAUCAUACGUAUUUACUGCUGAUCAUGGAAUGCAUGACAAAGGAAGCCAUGGAGAUGGGCAUCCUACAAACACUGAUACUCCCCUUGUUGUUUGGGGAGCAGGUGUUAAACAGCCCAAGCUAGUCUCCAGCAGCAAUCAUUCUGAUUGUGGCUUUCGUUUUGUUGAUGAACAUAUGCAUGACACGCCAACACCUACAGAAUGGGGCCUUCAUGGCAUUGAAAGGGUGGAUGUUAAUCAAGCAGAUAUUGCACCUCUCAUGUCAACUCUUCUUGGUCUGCCAUGUCCUGUAAACUCGGUUGGAAGUUUACCCCUUGAUUACAUAGACAUGAUAAAGGAAGAUGAAGUUGAAGCUGUGGUUGCCAACACGAAGCAAAUUCUCAACCAGUUUCUUCGGAAAUCACAGACGAAGCAGUCAAAUUCGUUAUAUUUCAAGCCUUUCAAACCACUGGGCGAUUAUUCCUCCCUAUUGGAUAAGAUUGAGGAUCUAAUAUCUAUUCGAGACUAUGCAGCUGCAAGGAAGUUGUCUGAAGAUCUCCGAGUCUUGGCGCUGCAAGGACUUCACUAUUUUCAAACUUACGAUUGGCUGAUGCUCAUGACUGUAAUUAUUCUUGGGUAUAUUGGUUGGAUGACCUAUAUUGUUCUCCAUGUGCUGCAAUCUUAUACUUCAUUGGCAGGGUAUAUGUUUAGAAAGGAGCAAGCAGAUCACCAGACAGAUAAUACCAGAAAAGUACAACUUUGUGGAUGCCUUCUUCUGGGACUACUUUGUAUUAUACUGUUUAAGGAGCAUUCUCCUCCUCUUUACCAUGCAUACACAUCAAUGACAGUAUUUCUGUGGACACAAAUCUUUAGUGAAUAUCGGUUCAUCAAAGCAUUAUGGAAAGAGUUAUAUGGAAGAAGAAUCAAUUACUUUGCUAAAAUUCUAGCCACUGGUGUUUUCUCAGUAUUCAUUCUUGAAUUCCUGGUGAAUAGCUUUACUCAGAGGAAGCUAUACACUUGGUGUUUCCUGGUUUCUGGGGUCAUAUCCUUCCUUUAUCUUUUAAAAUUGAUUCCUUGGAGAUCUGGCGUACCAAUCUUUGUUUGUGUUGCAUGUUGGUUCUUGUCUGUAUUUACUUUGAUGCCAGCAGAAAUUCCCGAUAAUAAUCGUCUAGUGAUUGGGAGUGGAGUUAUGAUUAUUAUGAUAGGAGUAGCUGCUAGGUUGCUAGAUCUGCAUACUGAAGGAAACAAGUACUGGCUAAGUAUCUGCAAUCAUGACAAGAAGCAACCUAAAUUUCCCAUGCUCUUUCAGUUACAGGCUCUUUUGGUUGGAUUAUCAUCCGUGAUGGUGUCAAUAUCAACCUCGCAUAGAACACAGAAGCAAGAACUACUUGCUUUGCACCAGAUUACAAAUUGGUCCAUUGCUGGUAUCUCGAUUGUACUUCCAUUAUUUUCCGCAAAUGGUCUCUUGUCCCGGCUUACUUCCAUAUUUCUUGGUUUUGCGCCCACAUUCCUUCUAUUAUCUAUUGGAUAUGAAGCUGUCUUCUACGGUGCUCUGGCUCUUGCGCUCAUGGCUUGGAUACUAGUUGAAAACACACUUAUUUACUCGAGUAAGGUGAACAGGUUGUCAAGCUCCUUUAACAAUAUGGAAGAUAAUGUCAUACUUGAUGGUAGAUACUUGCAGCUGUCUGAUGUGCGAAUUCCAUUAAUCUUUAUGGUUUUAUUUAAUGUUGCCUUCUUUGGAACGGGUAAUUUUGCAAGUAUCGCAAGCUUUGAGAUUUCAUCUGUCUAUCGAUUUAUUACCGUCUUCAGUCCGUUUCUUAUGGCCGCCUUACUUAUCUUCAAGUUAUUCAUUCCAUUCCUGCUCGUCAUAUGUGUAUUCAGUGCAAUAACAAAACUAAACCGACUUCCACGGUUGGGAUGCUAUUUCCUCGUUAUUUUGUUCUCGGAUGUAAUGACUAUGCAUUUCUUCUUCCUGGUCCGAAAUACAGGAAGUUGGAUGGAAAUUGGUAACAGCAUCAGCCAUUUUGGAAUCGUGAGUGCUCAAGUAGUCUUUGUGCUGUUGCUUUUUGCCGUCACAAAUAUAUACACAAAAGAUAUCAAUAUUGGUUCAGUGGACCGGUCCUCUCGGAAAGCAAUGUAAGCAAUGCUAAAUUGGGAUAUUGGGCAUCGAAAUAAAUCACCAGUUUUCAGGAAGGGUGAGCUUUAAUGUUCUUAAGGCGCCUCUCACGGUUCUAAUAGCAGCUUCCCACUCUACAACUUUGCCCGUUCUUCCUACAACUGCAGUUUGCUUGGAGAUGAGAGAUUCAUAGCAAUGGGAUUUUCCAAGUGUUCCCCAUUCAAUUGAAAUUUUUGGCACGCUUCUCACAUGUAUUGAUUAGUUGAUACAGUUUAACCAGUUAAACCCAUUUACAGAUCAUUGAUCAAUUUGUAAAUAAAUUUAUUUAUAUUUAUGGUUAGAAAGAUUGAUUAAGAACAGAAAACAAGUUGGGCUCCCAUUUCAAGCCUAUUCACAUAUUUCAAUGUCCAAUUUCAGCUCA